AUGGAUCGAUCUGGAUCACCAACGUACCGCGAGCGCCGGGGACCGCAUAUAUAUGUCCAUCUGGAGGUUGGCAUAUCAUGGACUUCAAAGAAACAACCGAAGAGCCAUGAAGUGACAUAUGGGUCAAGAGGAUCAAAGGCCGUGCGCGAGAAGGCGGUCCAUGAGAAAGAGCAAUGUCCGGGCCCCAAGCUUCCCCGUCAAAUGUCAGCCCCAGAUCCCACCUACCUAGCCGCCAUCCACGAUUUCGAGCAGAGGCAAUCAAGGACUCGAGAAAACCGGAAAGCUGCUCGUCCAGCCCCAAGUCCAGCUCCACAGUUCGAUGUCUCGAUACCGGACGGUCGUCUUAAUCCCUAUCACCAAAUGCAGGAAUACUAUCAAGUGGCCGGAUAUUAUGGGUCACCUCAACACGCAACGUCAUCCUGGACACAGCGACGACGAUCCCGGUCUGGGUCGAAAUCUGCCGGGGAGAGGGGUCAAUCGGCACCACCACCCACUGGUGAUAACCCGUGGGAUGUAGGAUUGGUGGGGGAUCAAGCGGCCGGAGCAUCGAACUCAAGACCAGACCUGUCUCCGCGUCCUCCAUCGGAUGUCUGGAAAGCCCUACCAGCGGCUCCAAACCAGUUUCGUCUCGGAGAGGCCGGCAUGCCAUGGUCAUCACCAAUGGUAUUUGACACGGGGGCGGGUUCAAAUGAUGAUGUGUCCGACCUACCAUCGGCCCAUCAUCGUCAAGACAGCGUACCGACUUUCCAUCCAGAUGAUGAAGCGUCCAUCUACGAAGCGAGCCCUGUCACAGGUGUCUCUGUUUUCUCGCCUGGGCUGAGUAAAUCACAUACUCGCGGAGACUCCGAACCAGCUAGUGUACGAGACCUGGAGGACCUAUCAGCAGCAAUGGUGACGGUGGAUAACGGGUUCGAAAACCAGUGGUGGAAUCAAGGGCAGCGCCGAAGCAUGGUCCCUCCAGCUCCGAUCGAAGAACCACCAGCCCUCAACAGAAGGAUCUCGGUACGGUCACUCGGCUGGGCAGUAGCAAACAACAAUCAGCCACCACAAGAGGAAAUACCGAGUAUGCCCAGCAUCGCUGCAUCCGACAUUGUUUCGCCCCUGUCCGAGUACUCGAUACCAGCCUUCGGUCCACCAACGACUCACCAUACUCUCCACCGUUCGAUAUCAAUGAGGUCUGCGGAUGAGAUGUGGUUGACUACCAGGCAGUUCUGA